AUGGAGAGUGAAGUUCAUCGUCCGCUAGCUGAUUAUCAAGCGAACAUAUGGGAAGAUCUCUUAACUUCUUUCUCAAAAUCUGACCUCGAAUGUGAGUCGUUCAAAGAGAAGCAUAGUACGCUAAUGGAGAUUGUGAAGYAAUCGUUUAUGGCUUCGAGAGCGAAUCCGAUAGAGAACAUCAAGUUCAUCGAUGUUCUAUGUCGCCUUGGUGUCUCCUAUCACUUUGAGAGAGAUAUCGUAGAGCAAUUGGAGAAUUCAUUUGGUAGUCUUGAUUUUAAUCAGACGAUAAGACAAGACGAAUGCGAUUUYUACACGGUUGGAAUAAUUUUCCAAGUUUUCAGACAAUUCGGUUUUAAACUUUCUGCUGAUGUGUUUGAGAAAUUCAAGGACGGAAAUGGGAAGUUCAAAGGAUACUUAGAGGUAGACACAAGCGGUAUGUUAAGCUUGUAUGAAGCUGCACAAUGGAGCACUCAUGGAGAAGACAUUCUAGACGAAGCUCUCGCCUUUUCGAGCUCUCAUUUAAAAGCAGUGGUUUCUCAUUCUAGCCCCCACCUAGCAAUUCGCAUCAAGAAUGCCCUAAAAAAUUCUUACCAUAAAGGCAUCUCAAGGAUAGAAACAAGACAGUAUAUUACAUACUACGAGAAAGAAGAGUCCUGUGACGCAACAUUACUCGAGUUUGCAAAAAUAGAUUUUAAUUUGCUGCAAUUGUUGUACCGCGAGGAGCUUGCUUGCGUUACAAGGUGGUACAAUGAAAUGGAGAUUAAAUCUAAAGUAACAUACACAAGGCACAGGAUAACAGAGGCGUACUUGUGGUCACUUGGAGCAUAUUUCGAGCCUCAAUAUUCUCAAGCACGAGUUAUAUUAGCUAGUGCACUAACCUUAUUCACAGCACUUGAUGAUAUGUAUGAUGCGUAUGGCACAAUGGAGGAACUUGAGCUUUUCACAAAUGCAAUGGAAAAGUGGCUUCCUGCUGCCCCAAGCGGGUUACCUGAGAGCAUGAAGCAUAUUUACCGUAUCACGGUAGAUUUCUAUGAUAAACUCGAAGAGGAACUUGAGAAGGAAGGAAGAUCAGGUUGUGGCUUCCAACUUAAGAAAUCAUUGAAAGAAACAGCGAACGGAUAUAUGCUAGAGGCAAAAUGGUUGAAAAAAGAUUACAUUGCUACAUUUGACGAGUAUAAAGAGAAUGCGAUCUUGUCUUCUGCUUACUAUCCCUUAAUAGCCAUGACAUUUGUGGGAAUGGGAGAUUUCGCAAAACUUGAUUCUUUUGAGUGGUUAAGCUCACACCCUAAAAUUAGGGUAGCUUCUGAGAUAAUCUGUCGAUUCACGGAUGACAUUUCUAGCUACGAGUUUGAACACAAAAGGGAGCAUGUAGCAACGGGUAUUGACUGCUAUAUGGAGCAAUUUGGUGUUUCCAAGGAAAAAGCCAUUGAAGAAAUAGAAAGCAUUGUUUUAGAUGCAUGGAAGGACAUGAACCAAGAGCUAAUGAGGCCUCACUCAUGUCCUUUCCCGCUUUUGAUGCGAAUUCUUAACCUUUCGCGUGUCAUCGACGUUUUUUAUAGGUACCACGAUGCUUACACCCACCCUGAGUUCCUGAAAGAGCACAUCGUCUCUUUGUUCAUUGAGAACAUACCCAUUUGA